AUGUUUGUGAAAUGCAUUAAAAACAGCAAUGUUUUACUAUGUAAUAAUCAUUUUUAAAAAAAUGACAUUUUUUAAAAAUUUCAAAUUUGCCGCAGGUUCCGGCGCCCAUACGUCCCAACGUCACAGGGACUGGAACACGGAAGCCGGCAUCGGCCGGAGGAGGAUGGCCGGGGACGCUGCAGGGGACACAUCGCGGGAGCGAAGGACAAGGUAAGUGCUGCAGGGACUCCCUGAGCAACGCCGCAUGGUAAGCCCGAGUGUAGCUCGGGGUUACCGCUCUUGGUACUGAAAUUUUACCCCGAGCUACACUCGGGAAUACCGCCAGGGAGCUUCAAAACAAUUUUAAAAAGAUGA